AUACAUACCAUAGCCAAUCAAGACUCCACCUCCCGGACAUCAAUACUUUAAGUUGGAAAUUGUGAGCCAGUGAACAGAGCUUGCUGGUGACACUCAAGAUGGCGAGACUGUGGCAACUCAUGCUCCUGUAUUGGGCAUGGAGUCCUCUGUGUCUGCCAUCCAGUGUAAGCUACAUUGGAACACCACAAGAGUGUGAAAAUGCUCACUUUGUCCCUGGUUACAAUCUGGGUGGAGAAGGCUUCGACAUCGUCACAAUGCAGAGGAAAGGUGCCUAUGUCAUCGACACGGAAACAUGGAAGCUUGGAAAUGGCACUUGCAGGCUGUACAGAAACAGCUACAUGAAUCAGGAAAAGCAGAAGGUCCCAGCUGCUGUGGUGGACUGGAGAACCCUCCCCAAGUGCAGUUUAACAGUCUCCAGUAUAGCUUAUGACUCUGUUGAAACUCUUGUCAAUGACUCCACAUCAUCUGUGUCCAAUGACUGGAAAAUUGGCCUUAACAUCCCUGUGGACCCCAGUACUACUAUUGGAGUUGGCUUGGGCGGUUCCCACUCCAGAGAAUCAACCUUUGCCAUGCAAAAGUCAAAACAAGACCGCUACAACUUCCUCCGCCAUUCUGUCUACUGUAGCUUCUAUGGCUACAGACUGGCAACAAAUCCUCCACUGAGUCAUGACUUUCAAUCAGCGAUCAAUUCCCUUCCUCCCUAUUCACUUAAAACUGAGCCAUUAUAUCACAGUCUGAUCGACACCUAUGGUACACAUUGCAUCAUUCAAGUGUCUCUAGGAGGGGAAAUAAAGGCAAUCACUGCUGUAAAGACCUGCCAGGCAACCAUGAAUGGUCUGUCAGAGACAGAGGUCAAGGAUUGUUUGUUAGUUGAGGCCUCGGCUAGCUUUGCAAGAACAGCCAGUAUAGAAAGCAUGAUAAAACACUGUCAGGAAAAGAAGAAGAAGUUAGGCUCUAGCCAGAGUUUCAGCAACACAUUUAAUGAGCGUAGCACAGAGGUCACUGGUGGAAACAUUGACAGAGCUGAUACCCUCUUUCAAGGACAAUCAAACCCCUCUGUCUAUAAUGACUGGCUUACCUCACUGAAGAACACACCUGAUGUUGUCCGAUACAACCUAAAGCCCCUGCACACCAUACUACCAGGUGAUCAUCCUGCAAGGACCGGACUGAAGAAGGAGGUGGAGAAGUACAUCAUGAAAAAUGCAGUGUUGAAGAAAUGUUCAGAAUCUUGUCAAGUUGGACACAGAUCCAGCAAAAGAGAUCCUUGUGCUUGUGUCUGCAACAGUGAUCAGAAUAUCAAGUCAAACUGCUGUCCUGCUAGGAAGGUCUUGCCACUGUUAAAGGUAGUCAGCCUUUAUGCACAGGAUCUGUAUGGUGAUAGGUUUACUGAGACAGAUGGUUCAGUGGAAGUCAAGUAUGGUGACCAGGUAAAGCGCACUGCCAUUAUAUCAAACAAUGACAAUCCUAAAUGGCGAGAGACCUUUGAGUUUGGACCCAUUACCAUCAACAUGCAAAACAAACUUAGAUUCAGUAUUUAUGAUGAGGAUACUUACUGGGACAGUGAUCUGCUUGGUGAGUGCUCAUUUGAUCUACGUAAAGGGACAGUGACAGACACCUGCAUGUUAAAUCAUGGUACCUUCUUCUUCUCCUACACAGUAGAGUGUGCACCGAGUCUUGGUGGAUCACAAUGUCAAGAGUACAUUCCCUCCAGCAUGAGUGCCUCUCUGGCCAAGGUCUUCUACACCAGAAAUGGGGUCCUUGUUGGAGAGUCAGGGGAGAAUCAUGCUCACUCAGUCAGUCAGUCAGGUGGAGGUCAGCUGCUGUAGGGUGAUGAUAGAAUUAGCAUUUGAUUUCAUGAUGAAUAUCUUGCUUGUCAUUAAUAUCAUCUUUUUACACUGUUCCUCAUGCUUGUCUUUCUUUUCCUGACUUUUGUGUGUGAAAAUAAUUACACUCAUUCUCAGUUUCUAAAGUUUUAUCCCAAUGUGUGUUUGAGAGAAACUAGUUGGAUAAUCCACUUUCUAUGCUUUUUCCUUGUUAAUUACAAAAUCUGCCAAUAAAGCAUCAGCAAAGACAA